AUGAUGGAGGAAAGCGCCAUGGGCGACUUCGCCAACCGACUGAAGCAGGAGUUCGAGGAUCGAGACUCGAAUGCCAGCGACGGAGACGAGUGCCAAGACUGGUUUGUGAAUGACUCGCCCAAGCACGAUUCGGUGGCCCCCAUGGACGAGGAGCCAUCUCCCAAGCGCGACGGCUCGAGGGGAGCAACAGUCCCUCCUGUAGCUGCAAGAACGACUCGCUCUGAACAUGACAACUGCGACAACGUCACUGGCCCGAUGGCCUUCUUGCACCACACACCUCCAACGUUCUCGAUUCUCGUCAUGGAACUAGCCACUGGUGUCGAGGUUCCUCGCUACGGGACCAGGUUCUUCCGGAUCUACAUCCCGCAGGUUCACGACAGUCAGACGGACUUUUGUCUGUUCGCUCGGAAGCGACUCAACAAGAACAAGUUCCGAUUUAGCUUGGACGAGAGCUUCACAACUAGCUGGGCGGACUCGUGCUACGGAGGGAAAGUGCUGAUGACUCCAUCUGCAGACACGAAGCGAUUUCGACUGCUGGCCACGAAGGCGGCGGGGCGAGUCCAUUUCGACAUCAAGCAGGAGGCGAGGAAACAGGAGCUCAGCGUCCGCCUAAACUCCCCGGCUACAAGAUUCCACUUUUUCCGAGCUCGUUCAACGCCCGUGGACAGCAAGAGUGAGGUCUAUCGCUCCAACAUUCAGAAAUUCAUCAAUCCCAUGGCAGACGUCCGCUGCUCGAAGACCAACUAUACUCUCUUCAAGAUGGAGAAGGAGGGCGAAACUGGCAUGCAGAAGUACGUCAUCUCAUAUAUGCGCCCUUUCUCGCUCUUCCUCAGCUGCUGUAUCGCGGUCGGCGUUGAAGCACAUCUGCUAGAGUGA